GGGUAAAGUUUGCGAAUGGCCUCGAACUGACAAAGCUGUGUAAUGAUCUGUAAUGUUUAAUCAGCACUUUAGCUGAUUUUAUUCUUGUUGUAUGUGACAUUUUUAAGGAUUGGACUGGAACGGGGACGACAUGUCGGCCGCUGAAGGUGCUCGCUGUCCAGACCAGAUGAAAACAGUGGAAAAGCUGACAAGCAGGCCGCCGCACGACGUCCAGCAGCUGACGGUGGUUACAGAAGACGUUCCUCCUAAGCAGCAGGAAUGGAAUCCCAUUGUGGACCAGGAGGAACCAGAACCAGAACCCCCACACAUUAAAGAGGAACAGGAGGACCUGUGGAUCAGCCAGGAAGUGAAUAUCACCAAGUUCCCAUUCAUUUAUGUCCCUGGGAAAAGUGAAGAUGAUGAUGAGGAGAGAGUUAAGUCCUCACAGCUUCAUCAAAGACAAACUGAGGAGAACAAAGUGGAAGCAAAUAAAGUGGAUUGUGGAGGAUCAGAACCAGCCAGUAGCUUCCAUCCACAUAGACAUUUACAAACAAAAACUGAUGAGCAGAAUGAAGACUGUGAGGAAACCGAGGACAGCGAUGAAGACCAGACCCUGAACCACAAACCUGAGUCAAAGCUUCCAACAAACAGCUCAACUGAACAGAUGGAAACAGACACUGAUGGAGAUGACGGUGGAGGAUCAGAGUCAGACAUUAACCUGGUCCACAUGGAGAGUGUAAAGAGAAGAACCUUUGACAGUAAGAGUUUACUGGAGGAACACAUGGACACUCACACAGGACAGAAACUGGUUGGUUCUUCUGAAUGUGAAGCAACAUUUUCUCGGAAGAAAAACACGACACAGGAAACCAACUCACCCAGAGACAUGACGAAAAAUAACUUGAGUCAAAGUGAUCUGGAAUGGAAAAAUAAACUAUACCACUGCUCUGUGUGUUCAAAAACAUUCAGCUGGAAGUCAGUGUUAAAAACUCACAUGACAUCCCACGAGGGAGAAAAGCGAUUUAGAUGUUCAGUGUGUCACAAAUGUUUUGGACUCAAGAGUAACGCCAAGAGACAUAUGAGAGUCCACACAAAGAAAGACCAUACCAUUGUUCAAUUUGUCAUAAAAGAUUUACCUUAA